AAUAUCGCCAGAGCACAUGACUUAAGCAAACUCACCGUUGGGCCGCCGAGAGCACGUAAAGCAUCGAGAGAAGGUAAACAUACGAGGUAUCCGGCCAAGUACAAAAUUUAACUUCAAGCUUUUCUUGCUUUCAUUUGGCGAGCAGAGGACCAGAUGGUAACCGUUGUUUUUUAUCGUCGAUAAAUUAUGCAGUAUAAAUGGUAGCGUAGCUCCGUUGAGAACAAGGGGCAAGGAACUGGAGAUACAGCCUUACAUGCCUACCUUAACUGUUUCGACCUAACAUUAUUUAUGAUAAAGAAUUAGAAUAUCCAAAAUAAAUUUGCUAUAUCAGACGACAAGAUGGCGUCGAAUUCAGAUAAAGUUGUACCUCAAGGAGGAGUGUCACCAGGCACAGGUGGAUACCAGAAUCCAGGAGCUGCCACACCCUCGUACCCCAAUGCGUCUACCAGCUACCCACAUCCUAAUCCACCCUACCAGCAUACCACCCAGUAUCCCUACCCACCUGUGGCGCCUCAGCAGCCUUCCCAACCGCUUCCGAACUUCCAGCCUCCUCAGCAGCUUCCGAACUUUCAUCCAGAUCAAGUGACAGCGAUUCCGUUCCAUGCUUCAGUGAGGGAACUUAACAAGUCAACAUCUCUGGCUGUUAUCCUGUGUGUCCCGAUACUUGGGAUGCUCGGACUUCAUCAUUUCUACCUCAAUCGACCUUACUUCGGUUACAUCUAUGCCUUUACAUUAGGACUGUUUGCUCUCGGAUGGAUCAUUGAUUGGUUUCGUAUCAAGUCCCUCGUCAAGAAAUGCAACCAAGAGACUCGAGAAGCCCAGAUCCGUGGGUACAAGCUCUACAGCCCUAUGUUCCCUGGUCCACUAACCAAGAUCUCCCUGUGUGAUGCCUAUAUGCUCUGGCUUCCACCCAUUGGUCUCUUCGGUUUCUACCAGUAUUACCUUGGUCGUAGCCGCUAUGGUCUUUACCACACUCUAACAUUCGGUCGCUGUGGCCUUGGAUGGUUGCUCGAUUUCUGCCGCCUUCCUGCAAUGGUCCGUAAGGCUAAUGCCAACAUCGCCAUGAUGAAGAAAGGUAUUCGAAUCGAAGACCCUCCCUACUCUGUCUGCGACGCCUACACAUUGGCUUUCCCUCUCGGCAUCUUUGGGCUACACCACUUUUAUCUCGGAAACACCAGAAGGGGGUUCUUGUUCCUCUGCACGGCCGGGGUCUUCGGAUUGGGUUGGUUGGCAGAUCUCUUUCAGAUGCCUUUGAUCGUGUCAGAAGCGAACAAGAAUCGGGAGCUAAACCAGCGGUUGGUCACUGCCGAGGCAAAUAAUGAAGCACGGGCUGUCCACACCACGGUCGUCGUGACGCACUCUGCUAACUCGGGCUACGCCAAUGGUCCGGGUGAUUCCAAUGGGCAGGUCGUUUCUCUUCCUGGGCAAGUCAGCGGACAGGUCCGAGCCGGAGGGGCAGUUGGGGCUACAGGUGGGCACGUCAACGAGCCACCACCAGUCUACAAGCCCGAGGCUGGAGAGGGUGAAAGCGUCAUGAUUGUAGCUAAUGAUCAUGGGAAUACGGGGCAACCAGGAUUCGGGCAAAAUACCUCGUCCUCACAAGCAGAUACUAAGGAGAAGAAAGAUGUUCUUAACUAAGAUAUUCAUUAUAAACAAGAAAGAAAGAAUUUUAAGUUGCAUAAACAUGAUAAAGAACCAGAAUAGAAAAUAAAGCAAACAAAAAAUCAAAGAGAGUUAAAUUAAUCAGAAAAUUCAGAUUUAAGCAGUAUAUGACAAAACAUUCCCAGUGUUAUCCUGCAUACUGCUGUCAAACUCUUGAAUGAUAAUGUUCGUGAGAAGAAUUGAUUGAAUGGGUAUGAUAUCGGUAUAAAGUGAUACAGGUACCGACUUUGAUAAAUUUGUAUGAAACCAAAUGAAAUGAAAUGAACUGAAAUAUCGAAAGUAAUGUGUUAAAUAUAACUGUCAUUAAUAUCAUACCAAAUUUUAUUAAAAUUCUCUCGUAACAAAUCUGACCAGCACUAUUUAUUUUCCCCUAUAGUUUCUUCAUUUUUAAAUCUUGUAUAUCAGUACUAAAGAUUUGCAUAUUUGCAUUGUAAAACUUGCAAAAAGAGCAGAGUGAGUUAGAGGGGUGAACGUUUUACUUUUCUGUAAGGUGAAAAUACUGUUUUUAUUUCCUUCAUUCUGCUUGUUUUUAUUUCUGAAUCAAUGUCUUCUUCUUCAUUACUAUCGUCCUUAUUCAAAAUGUAUUGUGCCGUCUAACUCUGUGGAAACAGAACACUAUUUUAUUCUGAUGCAUCUUAUUAGCUUGAACUAUUGUGGGAUUUCUUGUUCAGCUUUUAUAUAGUGUUGUUAUCUGAUUAUUGUAUAUAUCGUUCUCUGAUUGUUCUAUAUAUAUCCUAUGUUUGACAAAUGCAAUCUAUUAAUCAAUUAUUAGAUUUGUCAUAAUCAUACUCUUCAUUCAUUCUAUAUUUCGCCUUCUUGAGUUCUUCUUUUCUCCUUUUGAUAUGUGGUUUAUAUAGUCUCCAACACUCGAGUUACACUAAAAAGGUAGCGUUGAUGUAAAUAAUUAUAUUGUAUAAUAUCAA